UUUAGCAAGGGAUUUAACAAUUAAUUAUUUAAGUUUUUUAUAAGAAAUUAUGCCGCGUAGACAGGGCGGAGGAAGAGCUCGACGGAGGGACAGAGCCAGGAGUCCUCCAAGAAUCAACCAACGUGUGUUGAGAAAUAGGGCAGCACAAAAUCUGAGGGAACAAAGGCCGGAACGCAGACAGGCUAAUGUCGCUAGGGGUCGAGCAAACAGAGUCAAUGAAGCACGUGCGGUUGCCGAGCGGGAGCACCCUGCUGGCAAUAUCCCGGGGGCAGAAAAUCUGAGGGAACAAAGGCCGGAGCGGAGACAGGCUAACAUCGCUACGGGCCGAGCCAACGAAGCACAGGCGGUUGCCGAGCAGGAACACCUUGCUUGCAAUAUCCCAGGGGCAGAGCAGGAACACCCUGCUGGCGAUAUUCAUGCGUUACAGCGGGAACACCCAGCGGAGCGGGACCCUGAGCGACAGCGAGGGCGGAAACGGCCAUCGGAGGAGUUGGAGGACCUGGUGGAUGAUACCAUCACAAACACAGAAGCCGAUGUAUGGUGUCUGGGAGAUUCAAUAAUGUACUGGGCGGGAAAUCGUGCGGCUGGAACUAGCAAGCCAACUUUAAAGCUGAAUACGACAAUAGCAUGGUUAGGAGUGCGUGGAUUGCAUUGGCAUGAUUUCCGACAUACCGUUGAAUAUCAGGUGCUGUUUUGUAACUCGCCCCCCAAAAUUAUUUUCAUACAUUUAGGUGGGAAUGAUUUAUCUUCUUUGUCAAUCUUAGACAUAAAAGAUUAUAUUAAGAAAGAACUGAGUUACAUGCGUGACGCUUUUCCAGAUGCGGUAAUUAUAUGGGUCGAUAUUUUACAACGCCGCAUCUGGAAGGUUGCUACUGGUGGUUGGGUCGGAAUAGAACAGAAAAGAAAAAGAGUUAACAGAAUUGGUCGUCAGUUACUGAAAGAUGUAGGAAAUGUAGAUGUUAUAAGAACAGAUAUUGAUGCCAAAACAAACUUUUUUCGCAAAGACGGGGUUCAUUUGAAUGAUAUAGGCUUAGAAUUCUUCUUAUAUGAGAUUAAACAGGCCAUAAUUAAACACUUGUAA